UCAUCGACUUCCCUAGGAAUCUAAUUAUCCCUUUUCUUUUCAUCAUGGCUUGCCCGGAAACUUUCUCCGACGAACCAUUGACUCCGGCCGGCGGCUUUUUCUUCAGCCGCAAACACAUCGUCAUCCACUGUACCCUCCGCGGCAAAAACCCCGCAGACAUAGAUGCUAUUAAAUCGGCUAUUAAGUCUUCGUUGAUGGUCCAACAUCCCAGAUUUUGCAGCCUUUUAGUUCACGACAAGAAGGGGUUCGAGCACUGGAGAAGAACCCAAAUAGACAUUGACCGGCACGUGAUUGUCAUCAACAAUCGGCUCGAUAAAUCCGGCGAUUUUGUUUUCGAAUACCAGGGGUCCACCGCCGAAGAAGACGACGAAGCGGCGGUGAAUCAGUACGUAGCGGAUUUAACAGUGAGUUGUCCUUUGAGUAUGGACAAGCCCUUGUGGGAAUUACAUGUAUUGAUGGCGCAUAAAUGCGCCGUUUUCAGGAUUCAUCAUGCUUUAGGCGAUGGGAUCUCUUUGAUGUCCAUGUUGAUGGCCAGUUGUCGGAGGACGGACGAUGCUGACGCGCUUCCUAGGAUGGUUCCCGACAAGAGACCGGAGAUUAAGGGCGGGAAAGGAAGGGAAUGGUUUUGGUUGUUUGGUGUCUUGUGGUGGUUUCUGAAGAUGGUUCUUUUCACUUUGGCGUUUUCAAUGGAGUUUGUGCUGAAGACUUUUUUGUUUUCCGACGAGAAAACUGUGAUCACCGGCGGUGACGGAGUGGAACUCUGGCCGAGGAAACUGGUUACUGCUAAGUUUUUGCUUGACGACAUGAAGGCAGUCAAAAGGGCUGUACCCAACACUACCAUUAAUGAUGUCCUCCUUGGAGUUGUUUCAUCUGGGCUCUCAAGGUACUUAGACCAUCGAACACCAAAUGGGCUGCGUGAGGGGCUUCGAAUGACAGGGGUAGCCAUGGUUAAUAUAAGGGCACAACCAGGGCUGCAGGACCUAUCCAAGUUAAUGAAGAACAAAUCAGAAGCACGAUGGGGUAAUAAAUUCGGCGCAAUUCUGCUCCCAGUUUACUAUCACAAAAGCGGGAAUGAUCCUUUAGAGUAUUUAAAGAGUGCAAAGGCGACGGUCGACAAGAAGAAACACUCUCUCGAGGCUAUUUUCUCAUAUUGGAUCGGAAGUCUCGUAAUGUCGUUGUUAGGAUCGAAGUAUGCUUGUAUGCUUAACUACAAACUACUGUGCAAUACUACAUUCACCAUCUCGAACAUUGUUGGUCCUCUAGAGGAAAUUUCACUUGCAGGCAACCCUCUCUCCAGCAUUAAAGUCAACACUUCCAGCCUACCGCAGGCGAUAACAAUGCACAUGUUGAGCUAUGGUGGUAAAGCUGAAAUGCAAAUAUUGGUAGCAGAAGAUAUCAUCCCUGAUCCACAGUUUCUGGCUAAAUGCUUGGAAGAUGCCUUACUUGAAAUGAAGCAGGCUGCUCUACGGACCUAUAAUUCACUUUAAUUAAUUGCUCUACAAUACUAAUUCAUCUAGAAUUUUCUAUGCAAGAAU